AUUUGUACACAUUUUUUUUUUUUUUUAUUUUUUUUUAGAAUAUUAAGUUUUUUUUUUAUAAUUUAUUUUGUUAUAAAUAAUUUAGUUAUUUUUUUUGAGUGAGAAUUAAUUUCUUUUAAUUCAAUUAGAAUUGUCAUAUCUAUAUUAUUUGAUUGAAUAACUUUAUUAUUUAUAAUAUUUGUUUUAUUAAUUUCUUCUGUUGUUAUUUAUUAUAGAAAAAGAUAUAUAUCAUCUGAUUUAAAUUUAAUUCGUUUUAUUAUUUUAGUUUUAUUAUUUGUUUUAUCAAUAAUUUUAUUAAUUAUUAGACCUAAUAUUAUUAGUAUUUUAUUAGGAUGAGAUGGAUUAGGUUUAGUAUCUUAUUGUUUAGUAAUUUAUUAUCAAAAUUUAAAAUCUUAUAAUGCUGGGAUAUUAACUGCUUUAUCAAAUCGAAUUGGUGAUGUUUUAAUUUUAAUAGUUAUUUCUUGAAUAUUAAAUUAUGGAAGUUGAAAUUAUAUUUUUUAUUUAAAUUUUAUAAAAAAUGAUUUAAUUAUAAGAUUUAUUAGAAUUAUAAUUAUUAUGGCAGCUAUAACUAAGAGAGCUCAAAUUCCUUUUAGAUCUUGAUUACCUGCAGCAAUAGCAGCUCCUACACCAGUUUCAGCUUUAGUUCAUUCUUCAACUUUAGUGACAGCAGGUGUUUAUUUAUUAAUUCGUUUUAAUAUAUUAAUUUUAAAUACUUUUUUUAUUAAAAUUUUAUUAUUAUUAAGUAUAAUAACAAUAUUUAUAGCUGGUGUAUCAGCUAAUUAUGAGUUUGAUUUAAAAAAAAUUAUUGCUUUAUCAACUUUAAGACAAUUAGGUUUGAUAAUAAGAAUUUUAAGAAUAGGAUUUCCUGAUUUAGCUUUUUUUCAUUUAUUAAGACAUGCUAUAUUUAAGGCAUUAUUAUUUAUAUGUGCUGGGGUAAUUAUUCAUAUAAUAAAUGAUAUUCAAGAUAUUCGUUAUAUAGGUGGAAUUAGAUUAUAUCUUCCUAUAACUUCUUUAUGUUUAAAUAUUUCUAAUAUAGCUUUAUGUGGAAUUCCUUUUUUAGCAGGAUUUUAUUCAAAGGAUAUAAUUAUAGAAAUAGUUAGUUUUAGAAAUUUAAAUUUAUUUGUAUUUUUUUUUUAUUAUAUUUCAAUAGGAUUAACUAUAUUUUAUACUAUUCGUUUAUUAAUAUAUAUAAUAAUUAAUGAUUAUAAUUUAUUAAGAAUUUAUAAUUUAUAUGAUGAAGAUUAUGUAAUAUUAAAAAGAAUAAUAGUAUUAUUAUUUAUAAGAGUAAUUAGAGGAAGAUUUUUAAGAUGAAUAAUUUUUUAUUAUCCUUAUAUAAUUUAUCUACCUUUUAAUUUAAAAAUAAUAGUUAUCUAUGUAAGAUUAAUAGGGGGUGUUAUAGGAUUUUUAAUUAGAAAUAUAAAAAUUUAUAGUGUAAAUAAGUUUAUUAUAACUUAUAAUUUAAGAAAUUUUUUAUGUUUAAUAUGAUUUAUACCUAGAUUAUCAACUUAUGGAUUAAGAUAUUAUUUUUUAAAUUUUGGUUAUAAUUUAUUAAAAAUUGUUGAUUUAGGAUGAAGAGAGUUUUAUAGUGGUCAGGGUUUUAUAAUUAUUUUAAAAAAGUAUUCUAUUUUUUAUAAUAUUUUUCAAAUGAAUAAUUUUAAAAUUUAUUUAUUUAGAUUUGUUAUAUGAAUAAUUAUUAUUAUAUAUAUAUUAAUUAUUAAUAUUU